AUGCCGCGCCCUGCCCUUCGAAAAGACUCCUCCAUUGUCGACAAGGAGUCCGCACAUGCAGCACUAGCAAAAAUCCUCGACGCCGCACGAGCUAAUUUUGAGCGUGGAAUCCAGGGCAAACGUGCUGUCUUCGAGCGCUACCUCCAAACUCGAGUGAAUUGGCUUCGUGCACAGCUAACACGAGAGGCUGAGAAUUCGGGCACCCUUGAGAUGAACAACCUUGAAGUCCUCCGCAUACUUAAACCACAUGUGCUGCCAAAAGAGUUGCGGACGCCGUCCAAAGGAUUAAUGCCACCACCGCCACCGCCGUCGUCUCUCUCUGCGCUCAAGACCAUUCGAAGGAUGGCUGGACGACCGCGGAUGGUUCAAGCUUCGACCACCGCGGCCAAGAAGUUUCGCAGCGCGCUGAACUGCUCAACAACAGUCGCGUCGACUACUGCCGGUGAAAGCUUGCUUGUCUCAACUCCCCGUAAUAUUCCCACGAAACCGGCGGAGAAGCGGUUGAAAAAAGAUACAUCUGUGAGUGACAUCAGUAUCACGAAGACAGGCCGUCCUAGACGUGCCGCCGCAAGAAUGGCAACUGUCAAACUGUCCUCCGCCUUCCUGAAUCAGUCUCCAAUUGACAAAAAGCCCAUGACUAGUGUAUACGACAGGGAUUCUGUCCUCUUCGCGUCCUCGGGCUCACCCGUCUCGAAUCCUUUUGCACACCUCAAUGCCUCUGUGAUUGAGGAGAUAAACAAAAUCCUCGUCUCUCGGGUCGCCAAACACUGA